GUCAUCCCCUACCUGACUAUCUCUAUAAUAAUUUUGUGAGUCUUAAUUUAAUUUUGAUUCAUGUCAUAAUAUAUGAAGAGUGGAAUGAAUAACAGCAGCAGUGCGACUAGCAGAUGGGGAUCGAUGUUUGAGACAAAAACAACAGUAACCCCAAGGAAAAAUGGAGAUGACCCAGAUGAUCUUCUACUAUUUGGAGAAAUCCAUGAACGAAGCGAGAAAGAGAGAAGCAAUAAUCUUCUUCAGCCCAUUUCAUCUGAUCACGAUUUGCUUGAUUACUCGGUUUCAGAUCCAAAUUCAGCAGGUAGUAAUUAUCCACUGUAUUCCGCGAAAAAAAUCAACGGAAUGGAACUCCCGAUAGAAAGAGGCAAGAAUGAUUAUGAUUGCAACUCCACUAUUUCCAUCUUUAGAGAUGGAAAUGGAUCCAGAAUUUCGUCAUUCAAAGAGAAAUCCCUAUUCUCCAACCUCCUCUUACCAGGUGAACAACCUAGAAUCAAAGCUGAAUCAUCGACCCAAAUCACCAACAAAAGCAGCAGAGAUUAAGGCGCCCUCUCUGUUGGCAACUCCAACAAAUUCAUCAACACAACCUAACAGUGACGCUCCUAAUCCUGCAUCAACCUCUGCCUGCAACAGUCAUAACAAUUAUGGUUUUCACGACCUAACGUCCCGUAAUAUAUCUCUUAAAGAUCUACUCCCUCCGUCCCACUAUUAAAUGACCUAGUUUAAGUUUACACAAUUUUUAAGGCAAGCAAGGAAAAAGAGUAUAUUUAAGCAUUUUUUACAAUUAU